CAUCCUCACACGUAUCAUACAUUACGUUUACGCAUUUAUACGUGCGCUUCUCACUCUUUCCCCAUACUACAAAACCCAUCACCACAUCACUCAAAUUCCAAAUCCCAAAUUCUAAAACCCUUCUUCACUCAAUCUCCCGCCAUCGUCAUCACCAAUGGAACUCCCAGUCAUAGAUCUCUCCUCCUACUUCUCCGUCUCAAACGAACGCGAUCCGCAAAUCCAAUCCCUCUGCGCCGACGUCAGCCGCACCCUGAGCGAAACCGGAGCACUCCUCGUCAAGGAUCCGCGAUGCACCGUCGAAGACAACGAUCGCUUUAUUGACAUGAUGGAGAAGUACUUCUCCGCUUCUCAGGAGUUCAAAGUCCGUCAAGAAAGACCUCACCUGCAUUACCAGGUUGGGGUUACGCCGGAAAAAGUGGAAGUUCCGAGGAGUUUGGUGGAUGAAGAAAUGCAGAAGAAAGUGAAGGAAAUGCCGCGAGAACAUCAGCCUCAUACUCCGGUUGGUGCUGAUCUCAAAUGGAGAUAUUUCUGGAGAAUCGGUCCUCGUCCUUCUCUUACACGAUUUCAGGAACUCAAUGCGGAGCCAGUAAUUCCUGAAGGUUUUCCAGAAUGGAAAGAAACUAUGGAUUCCUGGGGAUACAAAAUGAUAGCAGCAAUUGAAGUUGUAUCUGAAAUGGCUGCUAUUGGUUUUGGUCUUCCAAAGGAUGCAUUCACGUCUCUCAUGAAGCUGGGUCCGCAUCUGUUAGCUCCAACAGGGAGUGACCUUGAGAAAUAUAAUCAAGAAGGGACUAUUUUUGCAGGAUAUCACUAUGACCUAAACUUCUUAACAAUUCAUGGUAGAAGUAGGUUUCCUGGAUUGAAUAUCUGGCUAAAAAAUGGACAAAAAGUUGCAGUGAAGGUUCCGGUAGGAUGUCUUCUUAUUCAGACCGGAAAGCAGAUAGAGUGGUUGACUGGAGGGGACUGCAUUGCUGGCAUGCAUGAAGUCGUUGCUACAAAACGGACCAUUGAUGCAAUCAAUGCAGCAAAAGAAGAAAAACGUAGCUUAUGGAGAGUUUCUUCAACUUUAUUUGCGCACAUAGCAUCGGAUGCAGUUCUGAAGCCAUUGGGACAUUUUGCCGAAUCACCACUAGCAAGCAAAUAUCCGCCUCUAUGUGCAGGAGAAUAUGUUGAGCAAGAGCUUUCUGUAAUCAAUCUCAAAGGAAAGAAUUGAGAUUGUUCAUGGUGAAAAUUGUAAUAAAAUGUUCAUACUUUUUUAUUUCACUGGAUGAAUCACACAGAUUUUCUAGCUAUAGCAGUAAAAACUACUGGGGCAAGAAACUGAAAAUUGUGGUUUCAUGUUUGUUCCAAGAAAAAUGAAGCAAUUUGAGCUUCCAACUGAACUCCAUUUUAUGUCAAUACACGCCAAAUUUCUGCA